CACUGAUUGAGUUGGCCGUGCAGCAUGGCGGCACCGAGCGCCGUGUCGGAUCCACAACACCCGGCGCGGUUGCUGCGGGCUCUCAGCUCGUUCCGUGAGGAGAGUCGCUUCUGUGACGCUCACUUGGUGCUGGAAGGAGAAGAGAUCCCGGUGCAGAAGAACAUCCUGGCGGCCGCCAGCCCCUACAUCAGAACGAAGUUGAAUUACAACCCUCCAAAGGAUGAUGGCUCAACGUACAAGAUUGAACUUGAAGGGAUAUCUGUUGAUAUCAUGAAAGAGAUACUAGAUUACAUCUUCAGUGGGCAGAUCAGGCUAAAUGAAGAAACUAUCCAAGAUGUGGUACAGGCAGCUGAUCUCCUGCUGCUUACAGACUUAAAAACUCUCUGCUGUGAGUUUUUAGAAGGUUGCAUAGCUGCUGAGAACUGUAUUGGUAUUCGGGACUUUGCACUGCACUAUUGUUUGCAUCAUGUUCACUACCUUGCCUCAGAGUAUCUGGAAACUCAUUUUCGAGAUGUCAGCAGCACAGAGGAAUUCUUGGAACUGACUCCUCAAAAACUGAAAGAAGUGCUGUCGAUGGAAAAGCUCAACGUUGGAAAUGAAAGAUACGUCUUUGAAGCAGUGAUUAGGUGGAUUUCUCAUGAUUCAGAAUCAAGAAAGGUUCACAUGAAGGAUGUCAUGUCAGCAGUGUGGGUUUCAGGCUUAGAUGCGGCGUAUUUACGUGAGCAGAUGAUGAGCGAACCUCUGGUACGGGAGAUUGUGAAAGAAUGCAACAAUAUCCCACUCACGCCACCUCAGCAGGGAGAGGCCAUGCUGGCCUCAUUCAAGCCCCGCGGUUACUCGGAGUGUAUCGUGACCGUUGGUGGAGAAGAAAGAGUAUCCCGGAAACCAACCUCAGUGAUGCGGUGUAUGUGUCCUCUUUAUGAUCCCAAUAGACAGCUCUGGAUUGAACUUGCUCCUAUGAGUAUUCCAAGGAUCAAUCAUGGAGUAUUGUCAGCAGAAGGGUUUUUAUUUGUGCUCGGUGGUCAGGAUGAAAACAAGGGAACGUUGAGCUCGGGAGAGAAAUAUGAUCCAGACACCAACUCCUGGAGUUCGUUGCCACCGAUGAAUGAGGCACGACAUAAUUUUGGUGUGGUGGAGAUUGAUGGAAUUCUGUAUAUUCUGGGAGGUGAGGAUGGUGAAAGGGAACUAAUCUCUAUGGAGAGUUACGAUAUCUAUAACCGUACCUGGACCAAGCAGCCGGACUUGACCAUGGUUAGAAAGAUUGGCUGCUAUGCAGCUAUGAAGAAGAAAAUCUAUGCAAUGGGUGGAGGCUCCUAUGGGAAGCUCUUUGAGUCUGUUGAAUGUUACGACCCCAGGACUCAACAGUGGACAGCCAUCUGUCCUCUGAAAGAGAGAAGGUUUGGGGCAGUGGCCUGUGGAGUUGCCUCUGAGCUUUAUGUGUUUGGGGGGGUCAGGAGUCGUGAUGACAGCCAAGCCAGCGAGAUGGUGACGUGUAAAUCUGAAUUUUAUCAUGAUGAAUUUAAAAGGUGGAUUUAUCUAAAUGACCAGAACCUGUGUAUCCCAACGAGCUCUUCUUUCGUGUAUGGAGCUGUGCCUAUUGGAGCCAGCAUUUACGUGAUUGGAGAUCUUGAUACAGGUACGAAUUACGACUACGUUAGAGAAUUUAAGAGGAGCACAGGGACGUGGCAGCGCACCAAGCCGCUGUUCCCGUCGGACCUUCGCCGUACUGGCUGUGCAGCCUUGCGGAUUGCAAACUGCAAGCUCUUUCGACUGCAGCUCCAGCAGGGGUUAUUCCGCAUCCGCGUACCUUCCCCAUGAUCCGUGUGCUGACAGUGAGGAGACUGGAAAAGUUCUGCGCAGUCCACCAUAUGUAGCUCUAUUUAAAGGAAAAAGCUGAGAAAUUACAGCUGAAACUUACACUGUAUGCUGUGCUUUGGUAUGGUAACUGUUUUUGUUUUAAAUGCUUAAAAAGCUUGAGUCUCAGUUCUUGUUUCGGGAACAAAUAACUUACGUAAACAUUAAAAAGAAGAGAGGGGGAAAACGAGGGGGGAUCGAGGAAACGCCUUCAGUCGUAACCAUUUGGACUUUACAGUGUGGGAUUGAAGGAGAUCAGCUCUGUCUGGAACUGGUGGGAACUGGUAUUCCUAUGGUGAAGUUUAUUGGAAAGAGAGAAAGAUUUAAGGUGCGUUUCCCUUGGGGGGGAACCGAUAAGAAUAAAUGCGCUAUCUUGGACCAGAUAGCUCUAAUAUGCAGAAGCUCUAUGAAAACCAACCUCCCUGGUGUACUGCAAAGACUGCUGCUUGACUGUGAUGCCGCAGGAGGCGUUGGUUGUUGCACCUUUCACUUCUAGUCCUUCCUUAAAGCUAAGGUCUGUGCCUAAAAAUGGUGGUGGUGUGUACAUACGUUUUUUCAUUCAUUUGCAAUGUUUUCAUUCCUAAAAAUAUUUUUAAUAUAUUUUAAAUGGACUAAUCUAAAAUGGAUGCAGUAUACUACAGAGAAGUAAACUGUGCUGGUUUAUUUUAUGCUGACAUUUGGAUAGCCUGAUGGACUGGUAUAUAGGUGGGUGGCAUGUGUUUCUGCAUGGGGUUUUAGAGGUCAUUUCCUUGCAGUCAGAGGAAAUGGUUUUUUGGAAUGGUUUGGGACAAUUGCUGCUCUCAGUAAAAGACAGCAACAAGUAAAGAGAGUAGGUUGUGUUCCUUCUUACUUCGAGGUGCUUGAAAACUAGGAGGAUGUUGGGGUUUUUUUUUGUUUAUUUUAUGUCUGAGGGUUAUGGAAAGAAACAUUUUAUCUCUGGAGCAAAGACAGAAUAUGGUAAGAAUACGUUUGUUUCACAGAUAUCAGAUUUUUGGAUUAUCACCUGCAGGAAAUUUGUACGGCUGUUUUAAACUGGGAUCAAAAGUUGGUUUGCUAAUGAUUUCCAUGCUAGGGCACAGAGUCUUGUUUACUGCUGUUUGUCUUUGAGAGCUGGGCUGUGGUUAUAGUGAGGAAUUCAGUAUCUGGCAUUUUAUUUCCUGUUGAGUCGUGUUCAUGUCAGCUGUGAUGUUCGACUGACUUCUGUUCUUGGUAGAGAUGGGCUGGUAGGACACUUUACCUCACUUCUUGAUUUCGCUGUUGUUUGUGAUGGGUGGGAUGUAACCUGUGGUUAUUUAGAAGUUAUUUAAAAGGAAUAAAAUGAGAGAGGUAGAAAUAGAAAUGAGGCCUCCUGCCCUUCAACAAAAGAGAUUUUGUAUAAUCAGUAUUAUAACUAAGUACAGUACUUUCCACGCUGCAACUUCAUGGACCUCAGACAAGCCAAUCUCUGCCCUCGGUUGUGUUAGCAUCAACCUUUGUCAUAGUUACUGAACCUUCUUAGAUCUGCUGCAAUGCAAUCCUGAACCAGAGUUGUAUUCAACUAAACAUUCCCCAAGGAGGUGUUCUGAAACUUGCUGUUGCUCAGUCCUUCCACAGUGCUGAUGCGUAGUGGGAAUUACUCGGAUUCUGAGAAAAGGGGUGGGGAAAAAAAGGCCACAAAAGAGGGCAGCAGUCGAUCCAUUAGCCGUUAUUUAUUUAUUCUUAUUUCUUACAGUGCUGAAUUGCUGCGAAACUUGAACUAUUGACAUCAAUUUUCUGACCUCUCUUAGUCGGCGUAUUAAAAAGUUUAUAUAAUAUUUAUGCAUUGCGGUAAACUUGAUGCGUGUGUAUAUAUGUGUCUUUAGGUUUAAAAUUUAUAUAUAAUGCUUUACUACGGAAAUGUGAACCACUAUUUCCAUCUUCAGCCAUCUUGUGAAAUAAAUCAAGCACUGUUGGCUCAUCUAUAAAACCUCCCCUUUUCAGAAAUUUCAUGUUAAUUUUGACUCUUAGACAAAGUGCUGAGAUCCUGCAUUCAAAAGUGAUGAGACUGAAUGUUUCUAAGUAUCUGAACUUUGUCUUCUAAGUGCUUGGAAAACUCUCAGAUCCUGUAUGCAGACUAUUGCAGGCUGCUAUCUCCUGAGUCCCUGUAGCUCCCCAGUACACUUGAGGGCAUUUAGUGUCCAGAAGGCCUAAGUAAUAAAUGCACAUAAUUAAUCCAAAUCACGUAUACAUUAGCAGUGUUUUGCAGUUAAAGAUAUUAAACGGAUGUUUACAGUUAAAGUAGAAUUAACAGUAGGUAUUCUUACGUGUUUUGUUGUUGUUUUUUUUUUAAGGGCAAGUAAAGCAAGCAGUUCUGCUCCAACCGAAGUGUAUUGCAAAUGUGCUCAGUUAGAUUUGGCCAAGAAACUUAAGCCUCUUCACCUGAAGCAGUUAACAGUUGGUCAGGGACCAGCCCUCUGCCAACACCUGUACCUUGAGUUUCAGGUACGUUCUCAAGGCAGAAAUGUAGGUGCUCCUGAGAUCUCAACAUCGUCUUUGUUGGCCUCACCUGAAGAUGUUUGUGUUGUGGUUUUGUGUUAUGUUAGUGAGCGGCUCCUGGAGAGCUGCUGGGUGCAGGGGAAGGUGGGAGGUGUCAGUUGGGGUCUGUCUGCAUGAUGAGUGACCAGUGCCUCUCUGGGAAUGUGAAAUUCCACUCCAGGCUGGAGCUGGGCCUGGAAGACAAGGCCCUGCUUUCCAAGAGAGAGCCCUGCUGUACUGCUAAUGGUGUGUGAGAUGGAUGGCUGGUCUCCGUGCAAGGUGGUUGUCUUGAUAGGGAGGAUUUGAUUCCAGAGGUGCUGAAUGGAAGGCACUGACCAGCUUCCUGAGUUAUAGGGUUGAAUUGGGUUCACUGGUAGGUGCUGUCUCGCAGCUCCCCUUGCUGCCCUGGCAUCUGCCUCCCCCUGCACGGGAUGACCAAACCACGCCUGAAGCAGCUCCUGCAUUUUUUCAGCUUCCAAUCCAGGAGUUUUCGAAUAUCUGUCAGUUUAGUAACUAUUGAAGUUGUCCUUGCUUGGCAUGGUGCUCUUGAUAGCCAGUCCAGCUCAGUUCCUUCCAGCUUGAAUCAGCCUUCAUAAAUCCAGCUGGUUCCCCCACAGGUAACUUGUUGAGUGUGAGCUGCCUGUGCACUGUGCUGCUUUCUAGGGAUCAGGGCAGCAGGCAGCUGUAGUGCCAAGGUUCCUGAGGCCAGGAUCUGUGUCCCAGAAGUGCCACAGAUGCAAUGCUCACACUGCGGGUUUGGGGUGGCCAUAUCCUGGGCUGAACCCUGCACGGUCCUGCACAUCCUGCUGGUGUGGCCUUUCCUCCUCGCUGUGAUGGGAUUGGACAAACUGGUAUGGAGUGGAAACUGCAGAAGACAGGAAUCAUGGUGAUGGGUUCUUUCUUUUACCCCUCACUCCAACUUCUACCGCAGUCCCCUCCCGAAAAGUCUUUUAUUCUUUUUCCCAUGUAUAAGAGAUUGUUUUUGGAAAGCACAACUCCUGGCCUGGUCCCUGUUCCUCCCCUGUCCUGUGUGGGAUGCUCUCCAGAGGGGCCAGCCCUGGGGUUCCAACUCUCGUCCUCUUCCUAAGCUGAAAAAGGGACGUCCUGUGUAGGGCCUUGUGUUCAGCGGUACUGCAGCAAGGUCUGCACAUCUUUAGAUAAUUCAUCAGCUGUUCCUCAAGUUUUCUUUGUUGUGGAAAUGAUGUAUCAACUCGACUGCUUGGGUCAAGUGGCUUUCAGUAGCUUUGACAGUGCCUCAUCUUUCAAUUAAACUCAAUGUGAGGUUACAUGAUAGGCAAACUUAACCAAGCCAGCUCAAUGGUGAGUGCAGGCAGGCUUGCAUCUCUUGUGUUUGACAGCACAGGACUUGAGUGUCACAGCAUCUGCCUUCUGAGUCAGACUGCUUGCAGAAGGCACAAGUGUUUCCAUCAGAGCUCCCAAGUGCCUGGCUUCCUUACCAACUCUCCUUCCAGAGAACAUCAGGCAGCUUAAUUCAUUUUUUUUUUGUGCAGUAUUUUUUGUGCCUGCAUGACUCGGUAAAUGCAGAACAAAAAGUGAGGGAUAUAGGGGCUGUUUUCCCUGCUUUGGCUGCAGCAUCUCCGGUGAGCUCAGUAACAGCAGUGUCUGUACUGCCUGCCUGGCUGUUGGUGAUGCACGUUUGCCAUGCCAAGCGCAGGAUGCAAUAACAAACAGUAGUUGUUACAAGUGCCAAACUUCUGUUUCCUCUGUAUGUAGCAGUAAUUCAACUCUUCUGUUAUAUACGGAGGUGCUGAAAACUCACUGUGCUCCACAAGAGAGUAGCAAUUCUUUUCUUUUUUUUUAACGAAUGUUACUCAAAACACUAAAUCUUUAUUUUUUUUAAUACUGUUUCUCAGUUUAGUGUUUUUCUCCUCACAGCUGCCUUCAGCCAUCACUCCGUGUGGUGCAUGAGGACACUGCUCUCUAUUAGAGCACCAGUGCCAUGCAAGUGCAUCAUAAAUGGCAGCUGACGAUAGGUAAUAAUAAAGUUAGAAAUACUUGGAUGAAGUACAAUUCAUUUGAGUUAAUCUCAUCUGCAGGAGGAAGGGUGUCUCUGGAGCUGUGUGGAUAUGGCCAAGGACACGGGCGUAUCUAAGAUUAUAACUAAGGAGUGAUUUUGUGCUGCUCAGUGAUGCCUUUGGAAGACUUCUAUUUGGAGUAGGGUAUGGAUCCUUUCUGCAAUAAGCAUCAAGGUUUUAGGGUUUGUGUUCUUGUUGCUCCUUGGAGUAGUUAAACAGCCUUUUCAGAGUGUGCUGUUAAUUAUGUGCAUACUUGUUUUUUGAGGCAGAGGCUACUUAUUCGGUGUUAACUUAGAGUACUUCCCUGCUGAGGACUGAGCUGGGGCCUGCGCUGCAGUCACUGGUGCUGUGGUGUUUGAUGUUUGCUGUCUGCUGUUCUUGUUUGUUAUUGGAGCCUAGAGCUGGGUUGGGUGGCACGCUGCUUUGGAAAGAAAAGGAAGGAGAGUUGUCUGAAGGUGGAGAAGCUGGGCCAGUGAAGUUGACUGGGACAUAUCAGUGUGCAGCCAGCGAGAUAUGGGUGAAGCACUGCUAUGAAGAUGACAUCUGUGUGCCCUGAAUGUUAUGGAUAGGUCACCGUAUGGUUUGGUUCUUUCUUUUUACAUUUAUUCCAAUGGGAGGAAUUGCAACCAGGCUUUAAAGCAGCAACUCCAGUCAGCUUUGUCCUGUAAGACACUGCAGCCUGACCAUGGCUGUGCUCCGGUAACCAGUUUUCUCAGUUCCUCGUUAACAGAUAACCUGAAACAAUGCAUUAAAACCAUUCUAAGUGCCUAAUGAAUCGGAUGAGCAUCUGCUAGAAGGUGUUAAUGGUAAUGGGGGCAUCAAACAAUAACCUGCUGCCAACAGCUGAUUGCGCUGUACAGUGAUACAGAAUCUUAAAGGAUUCUUUAAAAUAGCUUAUUCUGGGUAGCGGCUCCAUUGUUCCAGAGAUUAUCAUCUGUGUGUCAGACUUGUUUCGGAGGAGCUUCUGAAGGUUAUUGGAAAUAAUGCCUUGAAAAAUGAGCUGGAAGGCUGGAACUUCUCAGUGCAGACAGUUAAACCUCGCUGCUGCCCAGUAUUUGUGCAGGAUUUGCGUGUGGCUGAUGCACACCUGCCCAGCACAUCAGUAAAUGAACUUCUCAAUGCCAUUGCCAACCUGUGCCCUUGAAUUUUUGUAAUGAAAUGAGACUGUACCAUACGCUCGUCUAAGCUGAUGGAUUUGAUUACAGUGAUAGACAGAAGCAUCCCUGCCGUAAGUAACAUCUAUUAUGUUGCUGAUAAAAGUCAAAGAUGUAAUUUUUGUAAUGCUCGGUGCUUUUGAAUCACCACAUGUUGCCCUUAGUUUUUCUUUGCCUUUCUUUUUUCCUGUCUUUUCACUUGCUGCCACGAUGUCCUCUGGUUUUGUCAAGGGCGAGUUUCUUCUCUCCGUACUCCUAGCCCCAGUCACAACCCAAGGGAUGUCAUAAAGGCGGGCUGUACUGCAGGCUGCCUUUACAGACAUCAUUCCUGCCUGUCUGAAUUGUGUCUAUGCGCUGCCACCUGCGUGCAUUUCAGAACAGAAAACAAAAGCACUGUGGAACAAAAUUGCACUCGAUUAAAAAGCAAGAGCCACUUUGGAAAGCCUUCUUUUUUUGCAUGGGAUGGGCAGUAUGCUCUAAAGACUUAUCACUGUGACUCUUCUUGGUUUUCUCAGCUUAAUGAUCUCACAUGCUACAGCUUCAGCCUGGCAGCAUCUGUUCAAUUAAUUUAUGUAUGAAAACAGGAAAGCGUUAUCAUCUGUCACGUGUUUCACCAUUUCUUAAAAAGCCAAGUCUGUUUUGAUCUUGGAAUCAGUGGGACAGUACAGCAGAGGGUAUGGCAGGGUGGUUGUGUCGAACAGCCAUUCCCUGAAGCUAUGUGUAAGUUCUGUUCUGAUAGGAAGCCAAGGAGUAGCCCCGCAAGUGGCGCUUUCUCAUAAACUCUUUGAGAACUGGUCUUAAAUUGCUCCAAAGAACUCUUCAGGAUCUCUCACAGUGGCUGUUCAAGCUUCUGUUUGCAUGGGCAAGCACCUGCUGAGCUAAUUUGGAGCAUUUCUUUCCCCUCUCUGGCUCCUCAAACCUCAUGUUUUGCUUCUCACAGUUGAAGCUUUCUGUAUUUAAGGGUUGGAGGUGACAUUUUGCAAUUUCAGUCAGUACCUCAGUUUAGUUGAUUUAAACAGCGAGCUGUGUUCUUGUGGACAUCUGGGGUAGCAUUAAUACUGCAUGGUAAGCAGUGAGGAAAACAAACAAUAAAACAGCAAGAUUCUUUUUUUAAUUGUGCACAGCAUUAGCUGUUCUCAGCCGAUGGGACAAGAGGCUCUUUGUGGCACAGAGCUGGGGUGGUGCUGCCCAAUGCUGCCUCUGGUGCUGGGAAGCGAUGCUGGGAUGUGGCAGACCUGGUGCCCAGCUGAAGCCUUAACCCAAAACACGUGUGUUCCUGUGCCUGCCCUGCGGUGCAGUUCUGCUUUCUGGCCUCGGUUGUUUUGUCUUUCUGUCUCACUAACAUGGCUUUGAUUUCACCCUUGUCCCAAAUUUCCAUCCGAGUCCAUUGCUUUUGCUGCUGAUCACUCAAAUGCUUCUGUGGGUCAGAGAAAAGCUCUGCACAAACUCAGUGUCGCCGUGUGCUGCUUUUUGCACAUCUUGGUGUCUUUUGAGGACUGCGCUCAGUGUUGGUGGGGAUUGUGCUUAACAGAUGAUGAAAUGGCUUUUCAUCAAGCUGGUGCUGUCUGCAGGUUGAACAUCACCUGAGCUGCUGUGAGCAACCCUUGAUGUGGAUCACAUGUAUCACACCCUGCGCACCCUGUUCCUUCGGGCUGACUUUUACCUUUGGUCCAUGGGGGGAAGCCCCCAUUCCCAGCUACCUCAUUUUUUUGUUCCUGCACUUUGUCAUAUCUUUCUUUUUUUUACAUUGCGUUUUGUCCUUCAAUGAAAACCUGGAACCAAACAUAAAGAAGCAGAGCUGAGUGAUGCCGUUGUCCAAGGACAGUUUACUUUAAUUUCAUUUUAAAUGCAUGUUUCUGUAACGAAGAGACCAAGGUUGACCUGCAGCUGCUGUAUAAGUAAAUAACAAUUAUGUGACUUGAAAGCAACUAUUAUACUUGUAAAUGGGAGAAGCAAUUGAAAGUCCGACCUGGUGAUUUUUGUAAAGAGAAAACUCAAAAAUAGAGCUGUCAGCUUCUUUUUGGAUUGGGUUUUUGCCAUGCUGUGCUGAUCUGCCUCUGAGCUGGAGCCUCUGUUUUCCUAACAGAGAUUCAGGGAUUGUUCUGUAACGUCACACGUGGGUUUACAUGGAGCUUCCCAUUUACUGAUCCACAGAGGAAAACUGCCCAAGUGAACACCAAGCUGCCAUACCCGAGAUUGUAUUUUUGUCCAUUUCUUUGGGACCUUUUUUGCUUAGCUUGAAGAGUUUUAGGGGGGAAAAAAAACUUCCCCCCCCUCCACCUCCAGCCUUUUGCCUCUGUUUUGACAUAGUUUUGAAUUCAUUAUGCUGUGCUUGACUCCGUAAAGCAACAAUGUAAGCUGAUUUCAGCUUUUGUUUGUGCUGUUAUUUUUUGUGUGUAUUCAGUGCUUUCUUAACACAUAAUCGUUUUUCAUAGACAGCUUCCUAACUGUAAAAGGCCUUAUUAAUGCGAGAUGUAAUGGAAGCUUUGCCUUUCUUUCCUUUCUGUCAAGGCAGAAGGACAAAAUGCUUCACAGGAUCUCUUCCUGUAGGAAUGUUUUGUGGCAGCUCAUCCUAACACUGAGUUGAAUGUAGCAAGUAUUGUACUGAGCACACACAAAUAAGCAAAAAGACGGGGCUGUUUGUGCCUCUGACAAAUGUGCCAAUUAGAAAGCUCUGGAAUUAGCAGCUGUUGAUGUUGUGCUGGCUGUUCAAUAACUUGCAGAAUCACAAAGGUUGGGAAAGACCUCCAAGAUCCCCCAGUCCAACCAUCCACCAGUAUUUCCUCACUAACCCAUGUCUCUUAGUAAUGCAACUGAACGUUUCUUGGACACAAAUAUGAGGGUUUUUAGGCUGGAUCCCGGGAGCUGCGUGCUGCUCUGGCUGGGACACACUGACUCACAUGGCCAUGGGUGUUGGGCCAGGCCUGAGGCUGGUUUUGGUGCAAACCCAGCAGGCUGGAUGGGGUGCCCACGCUGCCCCCACAUCACAGGAAGAUGGGAAGGCUUUUAGGCUGUGUUAGCAGGGAUCCAUUGAGUUAUCUUAGCUUGCUGAAAGCUGGGAGGCUCUGGAGCCAUUCCUGCAGGGUGGAUAAGUACAGAUCUCAGUAGCCUGGGAGCGCCUGGCUCCCUGUUUUGGUUUUUUUUUUCCUUUUUCUUUUUUAAUUAAGUAAACAGAAAUGUGUAAUUGCUUCCCUCUUUGUAUACUUAGCGUUUAAUGGCCUGAAGCGGGAGCCUUGACAGCUCGAGAUUUUUCUUUUGAAGGCAGAAUUAAAACAAAGUAACAUUAUUCAGAUCAGUGCUCUGCCUUCAGAGUUUUGCUUCUGUACUUGGCUUUAUUGGGCACUAGGAAUCUUGCAGGUUUGGGCUAACAAAUUAAAAUGCACAGGUGAAUGCUGACUAAUGCAUUCAGUAAAAUUUUGUACUGUAAAAAUAUUUUUAUUCUAGCAUAGGAGAAUGAAAUAACCACCUUGAUUGAUGACUAAUGAUGCCUGUAUUCCAUGAGCCAGGCAAUAGGAGCAUGUUGGGCUGUAAUGCUGUUCCAAGCACGUUGCUGCUGCUUGUGGAGGCUCAGCCUUCUGUCAGAUCUAAGAUAUUAGUGACUGUCAGGAUGCUGUCAGCAUUUACGGCUGCCUUUUCUACAAGAAUGUGAGUGUGUUGUGGUUGAAGCUCUCACUUGUUGUUCGCCAUUGCUGGCGUGCAGUGGGACGGCUCGGUUUACUGCCAUCAUCCAGCCGUCACAAUUUGAUUUCUGUAUGAUAGAUGUUUACUAUUACAGGCUUUCUGUAUGCAUGUUUUCUGUGUGUCUUUCUGUCCUGUGUGGGAACUGAGCUUUUGCUUUUGUUUUUUGUUGUUUAUUUUUUACAUGCCUACUCCUAAAUCUUUACGUUACCUCAAAAAUGAACUCAUUGAUUGCUGAGGGCCAGGCCUUGGGAUGCUCUGACCUGAGCAUGCAGUGUCUCUUCUGCAAAAAACUGGGGGAAAAUAAGAAGUGCUCUUUGGCUUCAGUCAAACUAUGCAACAUAGAGCACCAGAGAGCGGGAUUCCUUAUGGUACAGAAGAAGCACGGCUCUUGUGUCCUUCCUAAUCCAGUCCUUGGUCCAAGGUUAGAAGAACUUGUACUAAAUGGCUGCCCAAGAAUCCUUUGUUGCAAUCAACUUGUGUUCGCUGGUUUUCCUCCUUCUCCCCUGCCUCUCUCUGUCUGGUUUGUUGGAUGUUCUGAAUUUGAAUGAUGUGGUGUCAAAGUGUACCUUCCCCCUUGUCAGUCUUGUGUUGUUGGCAGUUGGAGCUUGUCUUGUGAAUCCACCAGUGCAUUUUACCCGCUGGGUCAGUUGGGGCCACUUCACAAUGUUUGCAUCUCUUUGCUGUAGGAUUUUUGGUAUGCUGCACCCCUCUGGGUAGGUCUGACUUGCUCGUGUCCCCACAUUGUCCUGCUGUGGCUCUGGUGCUUAUAGUGACAAAGAGCUGUUAUGUCUCAAAUCCAGUUUAAGUUUUUGUUUCCACUGUUUGUGCAUGUAACUGUGCAUUAGAUUUUGCUGCUUGCGUCACCGUUCAGGGAUAAAUGCCCGUAUGGUCAGGACUGUUGAAAAUUCAUUGUUCUCCCAUUGCAUCCAUUUUCCAGUGAAGACUGUUCCUUGUGUUCCUCUUCUUCCCCCUGUUAAGUCAAUAUGUUGUUCCCCUGGUUCUGCAUCCCAUGAGUCGCUCUUCUCUCUCAGUUGUUCCUCUCUUCUCACCUCUACAUGCCUUCUUCUGAGUAGUUCACCUACACGUGUCAUUUACUCACCCUACAAUGUACUUCAUACAGCUUCUCCUUCUUAUCUCCACUUACUUUGUCUCUCUCUAAUUCAGGUUAACCUCUAUUUAUUUCACUGAUUUCCAUCUCUUCCAUAACUCGGGAGAGAAAACAGCAAAUCUCCCUUCAGACAUCUGUGUGUAUUCCCUCCCCAGCACAUACGGUGUUGAAGGGUCCAGAUCUCUCCAUCCCUAACCCCAGGCUCUUCAUAGCGCUAGGAAGUACCAAGUCUGAAGGUGGUGUUUUAUUUCUUUGGGUAACUAAGAAUACGUAGAGAUUUUCUUCUUUGGAGGUAGCCAAUGCAGUGAGCGGUUGGUCUGCGAGAAGUUUGUUAUGCUUCCAUACUCAGUAUUCUUAAUUGAGAAACAAAUUAUUUAUUUUGGGGAGGGGGAAAAAAAUGUAAAUUUUUUUGUAUUUGUACGUCAAAGUGGCCUUUAUAGGAAAAGCACAUAAAAUAUUUAGAUUAAAAUUGCUUAGUUGUGUAAUUUUAGCGGGGAUUUUUGUAUUGACAGGGUUUCUAUGCAUUUUUGAAAAUCUGUUUGCUGUUCUGUGUUGAAAUAAUUGGAAAUAUUUUUAAAACGUGUAUUCCCGCAUUUCCCAUGGUUGAUCCCUUCACAACCAUUCCUUUCGAAAAUUUUAAUUAACCCCAUACAUUAAUUUUUGCCCCAUAACUAUUUGCGUUAAGUCGAUGUAAGGAGUUACAGCAUGAGUAUGUAGCUGUAAGGGAAUAAUCCCAGUAACGUAGCUUAAUUACGGAGAGACUUUUUUGAGAAGGGCAGCAUGUAGUGUUUCGGUUGCACUUAAAAGACCAAGUUUGCAAAUCAAGUUCUUGCUGUACCUCACUCGUUUGUUUUUAAUUACUGUUAUUUUUCCAUCCUGUGGUGUUUACACAAGCGUUAUUAAAUAUGCGCUGUUUUAUGCAGUAUGCAAUUCUCCUUCGUUUUGCUGGGAUAAAACUGAUGUUAAUGGAUAGGAAUAAGUUCUGAAUGUGUAUGUACCUGAUGGAUAUGGUGUGAGCUUGGGGGCGGGAGGAGGCAAAAGUAGAUCCAUCAGUAUGUUUUUUCAUUGAAACUAAAGUAAUUAAACUUAUAAUGGAGUUGUAAGUAAUGUUAGUGUAUUAACGUGGGGGGAGGGUAGGGGAUGAACGAGGGAUUUGAGGGUCUGUGGGCAAAAAUACCUGUUGAGUUGCACUAUGGUGUUUGUGCAAUUGCCUUGGCUGCCUAUGCAAAUCUAGCCUGAGUUGGACACAUCAGACCCUCCCAUUAGUGCUCUGAUUUUACUUUCUUUUCUCGAGGUGUGAUUGUAAGGCUCGCUAAGUAGGAACUUCCCAGGAAUGUUUGUCAUCUGAUGCCUCCAUUCUGUCAUUCUCAAUGUGUGUUUUGAUUUUUGCUCACUUUAGUUUAAUACGGGAUCCCACAUUGCUCAUAGGUGAGCAUAAGCGCAAGCUUCUGGGCAUAGUUGCAAACAAACACUGCACGCUACUGUAUAUUUUCAUAAUUGAAAAAAAAAUGUGCAAUUUUGAUGGCACUUUGACUAUUGCUGAAACACUGGGUCUUGAAAUGGAACAAACUCAGCAAUUGAAAACACUCUGUGUCUAUAUUAGAUGUCAUGAAAAUGAAGAAAAAGGCAGCUGCUCAAAUUGUACCCACUGAUAAUUCGGCAUUGAUUUUGGUUUUUUAAGAGAUCUAUGAUUUGUUCUUACAGAAAACAAACAAAUAAUAAAAAAAAAGCAUGUUUAUUGAUUUGCCUUAGUUGCCAUAAAUUGCCCAUUGCAGAGUCUGGUCCACCUCCACCCGUUUAUUUUCAUGGAGUGGUCUCACAUAAAGCUGUAACAGCAAAGCAGAAAGCUGUUUGGUUACACACCCGUAACAUGACUUGCAGAAUUGCUUUGUGGCUCAAACAUACAAAAAAGGGACGUGAGAAUUUUCCUGGAUUAAGUAGCACUCGCUUUGUUUACGUGUUCAGUAUAAUGUUGGGUGACUAAAGGGAGGCUCCCUUUUUAAAGUUUGAAUUGUGCUUUGGAGACUUAGUGGCCACUGUGCAAAUUGUGCUGUAAUAUUGUACCAAGGAUCAGUGGAAGUGUUUUAUCUUUUUUAAUGUCGUUUGUAUUUGACCGGGUUUUAUAAAUGUAAGAAAACAGAGUGCUGUAUUUUGAUCUGAAAUUUGCGUAUGGUAAAGUAACUUUGCUUUAUGUAUUGGAGGUUUGUUCAGAACUUGAAUUAUUUUAUAGAAGGGUACAGACCAAAAUUAAUUGUCUUAAAGGUGUUUAAUAAACUAACCAAAUAAAACAGUGAUGGUUUGAAAAACU